AUGGGAUCCAUCACGAACGACAACGAGGCCACGUUGGUGGUGGCCAAACAGCAUGUCGAGGGGAUGGAGCCCACCCCACUCGAAGCCAUGUCGCACGGCCCACUCGCUCUAACAGGAAUCCCCUCCUUCAAUAGCCUGGAGAAGAAGCGCAAAUGGCAGCUCGAACACAUGGCUGGAGCCUUUCGGGUCUUCGCCCGCCACGGCUUCACCGAAGGUAUGUCGGGCCACAUCAGCGUGCGUGACCCCAUCGUCACCGACGCCUUCUGGAUCAAUCCUCUGGGCGUGCACUACGGCCUGCUCCGGGCGUCCGAUAUGAUCCUGCUGGACAUGAAGACGGGGAAAGUGUUGGUCGAGGGCAGCAGCGGCCGUCCGGCCAACGCAACAGGCUUCCUCAUCCAUCGCGCCGUCCACCAGGCGCGCCCGGACGUCCACGCCGUGUGCCACACCCACUCGCCCCACGGUCGCGCCUGGUCGGCAUUUGCCCGUCCGCUCGAGAUGCUCAACCAAGACAUUUGCAAUAUUUUCGGCGCCCAGGCAGUAUAUGCCGAGUAUGGCGGCCUGGCACUCGAUGGGAGCGAGGGAGAACGCAUUGCCCAUGCGCUUGGCCGCGCAAAGGCGUGUAUUCUCAUGAACCAUGGCAUGCUUACUGUGGGCGAGACGGUCGACGAGGCCGCCUAUCUCUUCCGUCUGAUGGAGACGAGCUGUCAGGUCCAGCUUCUUGCCGAGGCUGCGGCCGCGAAUGGGCUGAAGAAAAGAAUCAUUUCUGACGAAGAGGCCGUCUACAACUUCAAGAUGACGAGCGAAGCGAAUAAUUUGUACCGCGAGUUCCAGCCGGACUACGAGCUCGAGCUACACCUCAGCGGCAGGGAAUUUUGCACCUGA